AUGACUCCAAAGAAAACCAGCAAUCCUGACCUGGACCUCGGCGAUUGGGAGCCUAGAGACAGUGAUAUCGUGAUCCUCAUGCUAGGACAGACUGGAUCUGGGAAAAGUACAUUUAUCAACGUUGCUGCUGGAAGGGCUAUAGCACCAGUUACGGAUGCUAUGACAUCCUGCACCAAGUUUAUAAGGCCUUUUGUCAUCACACACCCUCAAAACUCAACCCGUGUCAUUCUCGUCGACACCCCUGGUUUCAAUGACACAUGGGUCGAUGACCGGGGCAUAUUAAAGCGUAUCGUCGACUGGUUAAAGCAGCUGGACGAAAGAGGAGCGAGAGCUACAGGAAUCAUAUACCUCCACGAUAUUACUCAAUCUCGAGUUUCAAAGGAGGGCCCGAAGGCCCCCAUGUCGCCAGUGAAGCUCGACCAUCCGAGUAUGUCGAAGAAUGUUGUUCUUGCAACAACAAAAUGGGAGGAGCUUGGGCUAAAUUCUAAUGGAGCGCAGCGUGAAGCAGAGCUAUUAGACAUCUACUGGAAGACGAUGCUCGAGAAGGGAUCAACUGCAGAUCGGUUUACGAAAACACAUAAGUCUGCAUGGCAGAUCGCUGACUGCAUCAAACAGGGCCAGAUCAACGGGUCCUCGAUUUGUUUGGAGUUAGCUAAUAUUUUGGGACAACUCCCCGAAAAGCCAAGAGCGACUGUGUAUGGAUUUUUCACGUCCCUUUUUUGGCCGCAACAUAAGGGCUACGGGUGA